AUGGAUGAGAAUAUGACGACAACCACAACGACGACGAUGACGACAAUGAUGACAACGACGACGACGACGGCGACGACGACGACGACGACGACGACG